AUGUGGAAUUCUCAAUUGGUUCUAUCAAUAUUUAUAUUGAAAUAUCUUCUAUCUAUUGGUAUUUAUUCGCAAGAAAUAUUUAUUAUUGAUGAAAAUAACAAUUCAACAAAUGACGAGUAUAUAAUUUCAACAAAAGAUCCAUUACCAACAUGGACAAAUCAACAAUUAAUUGUGUGUUUUAUUAGUGUUUCACUUGGUACUCUUUUAUUUUUUGUUACAUUUAUUGUACCUGCUAUGAUUAUUAUACGUCGUGCAAGACGUGAUAAAAAUCGUUUUGAUCUAAGAGAAUUAAGACGUAUGAGUGAUUUUAUGUAA